CCCUCUCCCCUCUCUCUCCCCCAGGUGGCCCAGCAGGUGUCCCCUGCUGGUAAGGUCUCUCCUAAAGAGGUCUCCCCUAAAGAUAAACAGGAGGAUGACAAGACUAAGAAAUCGGACGAGUCCCCGGCGUCGUGGCGCCUGGGGCUGAGGAAGACUGGCAGCUACGGGGCACUGGCGGAGAUCACGGCCACUAAGGAGGCCCAGAAAGAGAAGGACACUGCCGGGGUGAUGCGCUCGGCCUCCAGCCCCCGCCUCUCCUCCUCCCUGGACAACAAGGACAAAGAGAAGGAAAAAGACAAAGGAACCAGACUUGCCUACGUUGCCCCCACCAUCCCCAGGAGACUGGCCAGUACAUCAGACAUUGACGAGAAGGAGAACAGGGACUCUGCUGCUAGUCUGGUACGUAGUGGCUCCUACACCAGGAGACGCUGGGACGAUGAGCUGAAGAACAGUGAAGGAAGCGCUUCCACCAACCGAACAACACCCAGCUAUCCCGCACCGACGACAGACAAGACAGCACGACCAGACAGUGAGGUGGAUAGAG